AUGGCGCAAGGGUACUCCGUCUUCAUCGGCCUCUUCGUCAUCGUCGCCAUGUGCGCCGCCGCAUGGUUCCUCUCCCCCAAGGGCGAGAACCAAGUACUCUGGCGCUCGUCGCUCAUCCUCGCCAUCGUCAGCUGCUACCUCAUGUGGGCGAUCACGUUCCUGGCGCAGCUGCAUCCCCUGAUCCGGCCGAAGCGACACGACCUGCGAGAACAGUUCCUAGAGCACUAA